GUUUUUGUUUUUCAAUUUUGAACGAGCAACAAACUUUUUCAUCAUUUUCUGGUGUUUUCGUUUUAUGAAAUUUUUCUCGAGUAAAACAACAACAAGGUGACAGUGGGAAAAAACAAUGUCUACGACUAAUGAUCAACUGAUUGACAAUAAAAAUGACAAUCUUAUUGAUGAUGAUGAUGAACAUCCAAGAAAAUUAAUACCAAAAUUAUGUAGACAAAUGUAUAAACUUGGUUGGGUAACCGGUACUGGUGGUGGUAUGUCUAUACGGAUGAAUAAUCAGGAAAUUUAUAUUGCACCAUCAGGUGUACAAAAAGAAUGUCUGAAACCAGAACAUUUAUUCAUCAUUGAUAUUGAUGGUAAUGUUAAAUGUUUACCAACAGCGAAAAAAUUAUGUUUAAAACAAAGUGAAUGUACACCAUUAUUUUUAACUGCAUAUCGUCAACGUAAUGCUGGUGCUGUUAUACAUAGUCAUUCAAUAUCGGCAGUUUUAGCUACAAUUAUAACCGAUGGUCGAGAAUUUCGUGUUAGUCAUCAAGAAAUGAUUAAAGGUAUAAAACGUGGUUCAACCAAUGAAAAUUAUCAUUAUAAUCAAACAUUAAUCGUACCGAUAAUUGAAAAUACACCAUUCGAACGUGAUUUAACUAAACAAUUAGAAAAAGCAUUGGAAGAAUAUCCGGAUACAAAUGCCGUAUUGGUACGUCGUCAUGGUGUUUAUAUUUGGGGUAGAACAUGGAAACAAGCAAAAACAAUGGCCGAAUGUUAUGAUUAUCUAUUCAAUUAUGUUGUACAAUUGAAACAAUUUGGUAUCGAUCCGGUUUUAAAAUCAACAACAAAUGGCUGUCAUUAAUGAUGUUCAGAUACUUUUGAUUUUCGUUUUCUGAUUGAUCGAUCUAAAUAUUUACAUAAUGAAAUUUUGAAAAACCGAACGACACCCAUCUGUUGUUUUUGUUUCUUCUAAAAAUAUUUUUUUUUUUCAA